AUGGACGACGCAGAACUACAGGCGAUCCGUGCAGCCAGGUUGCAGGAGAUGCAACGAAACGCUCAGGGCGGCGGCGGCAGCGGAUCCGGCGUCAGCGGCAGCGGGGAUGAUGCCCGGGACAAGGCUAACAAUGUAAACGAGGGCAUACUGAACCAGAUCUUGGACCAGAGCGCCAAGGAGCGUCUCAACCGUGUGCGGAUGGUGAAGCCCGAGCGGGUGCUCGGAGUGGAGAACUACUUGGUGAGGCUUGUUCAGAGCGGUGGCCUCAGAGCGAAGGUCACCGAGGCGGACAUUGUUGACAUCCUCGACAAAAUCGCACAGGAGGAACGCAAGAACACCACAACCCGUAUCAAGUUCGAGAGACGUGACUAUGUCGACGCCAACGCCGGCGCCUCGAGGCGCAGCGAAGACGACUCCGAAGACGACUUCUUUGACGAGUAG